UCUUUUUGACAGUUGACAAUUAUAUCCAAUGUUUAGACUUUGACCCGUAGAUUAUUGUAAUUUUUCUAUUAAAUAAGCCAUAAAAAAUUGCGUAAUGGCAUAAUUAUUAAAAUAUAUACUUAAUAUUAUUACCCACUGUAGAUUUUGUGUAAAUAAAAUCAUGUAUAAUCCCGCGGUAACAGUUCGAAGGAUCGAUGUUUUGAUUUGUAUUUUGGGUCAUCGUAAAGCUAUAUUAGCUGCAAAUCCAGUGAGAAGUUAUUCUAGCGAAGAUAAAGUGACUAUAGGAGAUGUCAGCAAGGAGAUUAAGAACCCCAAAAAAGUUGAAUAUGUGCCUCGGAAGUAUUUAACUAUUGAAGAUGCAGAAAUAAAAUCACUCUCACAGAGUACUCUAAGAAAUCUAAGAUGGAUGAUGCAAAAGGAUUUACUUGGGCAGGACAUGUUCUUACUAGGCAGGCCAGGACCAAGCAGGAGGAAAGUAGCCCUUCAAUACCUUGAGCUGACUCAGAGAGAGUUGGAAUAUGUAGCACUGUCACGUGACACAACAGAAGCUGACCUCAAGCAGAGGAGAGAGAUCCAGAGCUCCACUGCUAAGUAUUUUGACCAGAGCGCCGUCCGCGCAGCAGUAGAAGGUCGCGUGCUUGUUCUAGAAGGAAUAGAAAAGGCAGAGCGCAAUGUGUUGCCGGUGUUGAAUAACUUGCUUGAAAACAGGGAGAUGCACUUAGAAGAUGGAAGGUUUUUGGUGCCUGCUUCUAGAUACGAUAAACUGUUGGAGGAACAUGGUGCUGAAGAAGUAUCAAAAUGGCGCUUAGUCCGUGUCGACGAGAACUUCCGCGUGAUAGCACUAGGUUUGCCGGUACCUAGGUACAGCGGGCAGCCACUCGAUCCUCCGCUGCGAUCUCGGUUCCAAGCUAGAGAUGUUGCUACUAUUGGAUUCUCGGAACACCUAAGCGUAUUAAAGGACGAGGCUCCUCGCGUGGACAGCGUGAAGCUGGAACAGGUGCUGUCUGCUGCGUACGCGCUGAUCAGCCCUGAGCUGCAGCAGGUCAGCCUGCCCGACUUCCCUGUGGACAGCUUGCAGGCGGCCGCUCUUAUACUGGAACGAAACCCAAAUAUCCCAAUACACAAGCUUAUCUACCUCCUUUACCCUUACCAUUCAUUCCUCACAAGAGAACACGUAAAGAACGUAGAAGCGGUACUCCACAACUUGAGCGUAAACACAAAACCAAAAUGGAACAUAUCGCUCCAAGGAGUCGACAUCAAGGGAAACCAUGCCUUAGUGGCUAUGGAAAUCAACGGCGCUAAGUCUGAGUUUAGCGUGCCGUAUGGUGGGAGGAAGCAGGGAGUUGAAGAUAGAAGGGUUGUGAAGACGGCGUACCAGAGUGAACUGUUAAAUGAAUUGUUGCUGAGUCAUAGUGUUGGAGAUUUUUGUAUUAUUGGUCCAAAAGGCUGUGGCAAGAGCCUCCUCGUCUCGCAACUAUCGUCCUUAUUAGGCUACACAAUAGAGCCUAUAGUCCUCUACCAGGACAUGACAGCCAGAGACCUGGUACAGCAAAGAACUACAUUGGACAAUGGGGAUACCGUGUGGAGGAACUCGGCGUUAGUCGAAGCGGCGCUGAAAGGACAUAUGGCGGUUUUAGACGGAUUGCAUAGAAUACAUGCUAGUACACUUGCUGUUUUACAUAGGCUAGUUCACGACAGAGAACUACAACUGCACGACGGCACGCGACUGUUGCGACACGACCGAUACGACGAGCUGCUCAAAUCAGGCAUUACUGAAGCACAGCUACAGGAAAAUGGAGUUAGGAAGAUACAUCCUGCUUUCAGGAUAGUAGCGUUAGCGGAACCACCGGUACUAGGCCGGGGCCAGCAGUGGCUUUCGCCAGAAAUACUCAGCCUGUUCAUCUUCCACGAGAUGAGAAACUUGAGCAAGACUGAAGAAAUAUUCAUCAUUAAUAGUUUGUUUGGUGACAUAUCCCAACCGCUCCACUCAAUAAUCAACCUAGCAGAUGAGCUCAGAAGAUCGGAAGACAGCACUUUGAAGAACCUUUCAACGUCUCUAUCCACACGCCAACUCUUAAGGAUAGCUAGCAGAAUGUCCAAGUAUCCUACAGACUCAGCUUACGAAACCGUUCAACAAACAUUCUUGGCUAAGUUCCUACCUAAUUUAGCUAGACGAGCUCUAGAUGGCGCAAGUCAGAAACUAGGCAUCGACCCUCCAAGAAGGGUAGGCAUCUUCGGAAAUAAUCCCUCAGAAACCAAAGUCAAAUGUUCCGUAAAAAACAACGUUCUAACUAUCGGAAACACAAGCACAGAGAUAUUUAAAACCGAAGCUUUGACUAAAGUCCCAGAUAUCUUGUUCUACGAUGUUCCCCAACAUAUGCGGUUGCUAGAAUGGUUACUACAAGACUUUUUGCUUGGCAACCACUUAUUACUCGUCGGCAACCAGGGCGUUGGGAAGAAUAAAAUCGCUGACAGACUUUUACAACUAUUGAACCGUCCAAGAGAAUACAUACAGUUGCACAGAGACACUACAGUCCAAUCUUUGACUGUACAACCAACUGUAAGAGACGGUGUCGUGGUUUACGAAGAUUCUCCUUUAGUUAAAGCCGUGAAAUAUGGUCAUGUCUUAGUGGUAGAUGAGGCUGAUAAAGCCCCAACUCACGUGACUUGUAUAUUAAAGACUUUGGUGGAAAAUGGAGAAAUGAUCCUCAGUGAUGGUCGAAGAAUAGUUCCUAAGCAUAUGCUUGAGAGUUCUGGGGGUGAUGUGUCGAGUUUUAUACCGGUACAUGACGAUUUUAGGAUGAUUGUGCUGGCUAAUAGACCAGGUUUCCCAUUCUUGGGAAAUGACUUCUUCGCGUCUUUGGGUGACCUAUUCUCCUGUCACGCCGUCGACAACCCUUCAGUGGAGUCAGAAAUGGAACUUCUCCGUUCAUACGGGCCGGAUGUUCCUCACGACGUCAUGAAGAAACUGGUGCAAGCGUUCGCGAUACUAAGGGAUAAGGCCGAUCAGGGACAACUGACCUAUCCCUACUCGACCAGGGAGCUCGUCAAUAUUGUUAAACAUUUGCAGAAAUAUCCCACAGAAGACUUAGCAACGGCAAUCGGCAACGUAUUCGAUUUCGAUCGCUACAGCAAAGAUAUGGCGGACACGUUACUGGAAGUGCUGCACGCGAGCGGACUACCCGUCGAGGGAGUACUUGAGGGACGGUCCAAAGAGGCGCUUAAGAAAAUACAGAUGACCAUUGAUAGGCAUAGCGGAUUGGGCACAACAGCACCCAAGCAUGGUAAAGAGGACCCGAACAACGAUCCUCACGUGGGCGGGAAUACCUGGGCGGGCGGUACCGGCGGGCGGGACACUGCUGGCUUGGGCGGGAAGGGCGGACCUUAUAGACUUGAUAAGGGUCAUGAUGUUCAUCAGCUUUCAGACGCUGAAAAGGACGACGUACCGGAGCACGUGAAGAAAGCCGCGCGGGAGAUGAACCGCAAAGCUUUCGAGGAACGACUCAAAGAGAUCAACAUGAGCGAGUUCGAUGCUAAAUUAUAUGGACAGUUCUAUAGGGCUGUGCAGCCACAGAUAGGGGCACUUCGUGGCGUGUUAGCUGAACUGCAAGCGAAGAAGAAGGAACGUCAUUGGAGCAGACAUCAGACUAGCGGGGAACUGGAUGACGGCAAGAUCAUUGAAGGUUUAGCAGGCGAGCGUUCAAUAUACCGUCGUCGUACGGACCAGGAGCCACCACCAGGUGCACCACCAGAAAAACCUAAAAGACUGCGAUUAGUGGUAGACGUGUCUGGCAGCAUGUAUAGGUUCAAUUCCUACGACGGUCGUCUAGAACGUUCGAUGGAGGCGGUAGUGCUACUGACAGAGGCACUCAAAGGCUACGAGGCUCGCAUCCGAUACGACAUGCUCGGCCACUCGGGGGAGGAACAUGCGCUAGAGCUCGUCACAGUCGACCGACCCCCGGACAAUGAGAAGGAGAGAUUAAAGAUAAUCCGGCUGAUGCAUGCUCACGCGCAGUUCUGCUGGUCGGGCGACAACACUCUCCCGGCGGCGCAGCACGCCAUCGCUACCGUCGCCGCCGAGGACGCGGACGAAGCUAUAGUGCUUAUACUGUCCGACGCUAAUUUGAGACGAUACGGUAUACAACCGGAAGAUUUAGGCACGAUAUUGACAUCGGAUCAUAGAGUGCAGGCGCACGUUAUAUUCAUCGGCAGCUUGGGAGAUGAAGCUAACGCUCUCCUGCGUCGUCUGCCGGCGGGUCACGCGCACGUGUGUAUGGACGUGGCCGCAUUGCCACAGAUUAUGCAGCAGAUCUUUGCGUCAUCGCUUUUACAGUCUUCUUGAUUGUAAUACUAAAUAUAUAGUAAAUGUAACAGGAAGAGUUAACUGAGUAUACUAUGUAAUAAAGUUAAAAAACUGGAAGAGUUAUGUGUAAGGGAACAAGGAAAAAGCUUCUACCUUCACGCGUCCCCAUUUACUUUUUUACUACAAACGUGACAUGGCCAGUGCUUGACAUAGAAUGUGCUAAAAUCUUAUUGACACAUUCAAUAACAGAACCUCGCGAUUAUAAGAAAAAAAAAAAAACAAUAAAAAUGUGAUUAUUAUUUUAGUUAAUUCGAAUUUCACAAACGAUUGACGCGAGAGCUUUGAAUUCAGUGGCUGGAUUUCAAAUUAAAAUGCAACUUUGUUACGGGUUUGUAUCAUAGUACAAUUUGUAUAAAUACCAAUAUUUUCAUAUGUAAGUAAAUUGUACAUCUUGUAUAUGUAUAGAUAAGAGUAAAUAAAUAAGAAUAGAUAAAUUGUUAUGCUGGUGGCAGCUAUAUUUGGAGAAAAGUUUUUACAUUAUUGUAUGAAGUGAGAAUCGACAUAUUAUAUUUUUCUUAAUUUAUUGACUUAUAUUAUUAUGUAUCAGACAUUCCUUUUUCAUUUCAAAUAGCUACUUUUACUCACCUAACAUAGUCAUCAUCAUCAUCAUCAUCAUCUCAGCCAUAGGACGUCCACUGCUGAACAUAGGCCUCCCCCUAAGAUCUCCACAGAUACCUGUUGGAAGCGACCUGCAUCCAGCGUCUUCCGGCGACCUUUAUAAGGUCGUCUGUCCUCCUUGUUGGUGGACGUCCUACGCUGCGCUUGCUAGUACCUAACAUAGUAAUGAUAUUUAUAUAAUACUGAUCAUCUUAUGUACAUAUGUUGGAAGAAGUCUUAUAUUUUGUCUGCUAUUUUUCUUUAGUUCUUAGUAAUAGAUAGCCGUGAGAUAAUGAGAUUAAUAUUUAUCGUGCAAUAAAAAUCAGCCAAAACACUUUCUGAUACCAAAAUAAGAGACGAUUAAGUAAACCAAAGUUGGUUCUUAUUUUUUUUUUAUAAUUGUUUUGUGUUUAUUUAUUAUGUUAUGAAAUGUCACAAAUAAUUACUUGAAAAUAAAAUGCUCUAUUUUAAUGUGAAUAUACAGACCUUCUGUGAUCAUGUAAAUGAAAAUAAGUUUGAUAGAUAUUAAUAAAGACAUAUUUUGCGAAA